AUGCCCCAGGCCCUCCCCGUCCCUCAGCCGGCACCUCCCACGCCCCAGGCGCUUGCCUCGCGCGCAUCCAUCUACAGCGGAUCAGAGUUCAACUACGAGCCCGAUCUCACGCUCGCGCACCACUUUCCCCGCACAGAGUACCUGCGCCUCAACUAUUACGCCUCGCCCGACGUGCGCUACAGUGCGCGCAUGCUGUGGGCCGCGCGCGAUGCGAGUACCGAAUGGGCGCGCGCGGUUGCGGCCAAGGAAUGGAGCGCGCUCGACGGGGACACGAUCAAUCUAGCCGUGUUUGACAAGGCGUACGAGUUGAACCAAGCGCAGUGGCCGCGCCGCACCAACACCCGCCCAGCUGGCUGGCAGGUAGAGACGGACGGGUACGCGCUCGAGGCUUACAACGCCGCGGCCCGCCAGCUUCGCCCCCUGCGCGCCCGCAUGCCGCCGAGCCGACCGAUUCUCUUCUUUUGCCGUCUCGCCCUCGACCUCCGUGCGGUGCCGCUCGUCGACGCAGGGCCCUACAACCCGCGCCUGUCGUUACUCAAGUCUGACGACAUUGGCAUGCUCCUCGGCGUCUACGACCCCCUUGUGCGGCACAAGGCCGCGCUCGAGAGCGACCUCGCACAGGCCGUGUUGGUCAACGACACUCCGCUGCGGCCGUCGGCCCAGGGCCAGAGCGGAUCCUCUGCCAGUGGCACUGGUGAGGACGACGGCCCUACACCUACCCGCACCGGAACGCCCUCGACGCAGCCUACCGAUGCUGCCGUCACCGGCACCAGCGACCACCGGCCCAGCCGCUCGAGCAUCGAGGACGUGUUUUACCACGCGCCGGUGCGCAAAUGA